AAUGACUUUAGGUGAAAGCGAGCACGUAUUGUACGGAUGCUGAUGUUUCUGUUACACGGCUGUGACUGAAUGACCUUGGCUCAGCGAUGCAGUGAAUAAUGCUAACGCAGCGAUAUCAACAGGGCGGAUGUCACAUAAUAACAUCUUCAGGCGCUGAAGUCUACAGCAAUAUCUCCUCGAUUCCCCCGACUGCUUCCUCUAGCAAUCAGUACACACUCAUUCAGUGUGCAAGUCGCUCCUUGCACACACCCGCUAUGGCUUGCGAGUACUAUUCGACUCAGCGGUCUGCAGAGGUACGCUCCUCACGAGCCGAGUCACUUCCAAGGGCGACUACAGGUGAGGUUUCCCGAUGUGAUAUAGCCAUUGGGGUGUCAUGCAUGCAAAUCUGUAAGCGAGGUUGGGUAGAUGGCCAUCUUGAAACUGUUCAGCAGAAGCCAGCAGAUGAUCGACUUUGGGCUUAAUCUGAUAUCGUGUAUGACUCUUUGGAGGUGCAAAGGCAACAUGGAGGCUCCCUGGGGAAUCUCCUGUCUCUGACUCCAAGCAGGGUUGAUCCAGCCUCUGCAAGGGAGCCCCAACCACGUCUCGAGCGCCUUGCCCAUCUAGUAUGAAGGACAUGUCCGUUUACGAGCAGUCUGCUGCAGCAUCUGGCCGCGGACGACCCACAACUGGGCACCUACAAACAGUACAAGCAGGCGAGGAUUGCACGCUGGGGCAUGCGUGACAAAUGGAUGGCGCACUCCGCCUGGGUUGAUGCGAACAAUGCGGAGCGCAAUCCUCGACAGGGAAUAUCCCGCAUCUUGCUCCAGGGGGUGUGAAUGCAUGCAAGCCAUAUGAGUGAAAAUUUUCCGCAUACGCCCUCGUUUUGAUUUUCAGGGUCUAUCGAUCGACAGGUGCCUGUAAAUCUUUGAAAGGGCGUCAAAG